UACAUGUAAAUACUUAGGCAUUUCCUUUAAGACUGGGUAAUGUUCUGACUUUCCGAGUGACUGUAAUGUUGUAGUUUAAUGCUUAGUAGAAUAUCAAAUCAACAAAAUUUAUAGAUAUAUAUGCGUAAGUUCGUAUAAUGUGAUAACUACUUGUAUAUAAAAUAAGAACUUUACACCACUGAUAAACAAAGAUAACAGUCAAAACACAGUGGUACAAAAUGGCGUUAGAAGAAAUUAAAGAAAAAUUUGUGGGCGUAUGGAAGCUGGACAGAAGUGAAAACUUUCAAGAAUUUCUACAAGAAGUGGGUGUGGGAUUACCCCUCAGGAAGAUGGCUUCUCUGGCCAAACCGGAAAUGACAAUAAGCAUUGAGAAUGACAAUAAAAUCAAAAUCGUUAUGAAAACUGGCUUUUUCACCCAAGAGGACUGUUUUCAUCUGAACGAGGAGUUCCUCAAAGAAAUGCAAGGAACUCUAAUGAAGGCAAUCGCAUCAUACGAGGACGGCAUGAUAAAAAUGACCAACACUCCAGUUGAUCCUAAAUCCAAGGUCAAGCAGCAAGUCAUUCACAGGGAAAGAGUAGGUGAUGAAAUCAUAUUGACUUUGCACACCGGAAAUGUAGUAUGCAAGAGGUACAUGAAGAAGAUAGGAUAAAACUACAAUUGACCGAGUUCCUAUAUUCGUCUUCUUGAAGUAUGAUCACAUAAACAGUGAUGACUUUUAUUUAUAGAACUUUGUGGUGACAUAUAAAACACAAUGCUCUAGAUUGGUAAAGGGAGUGAAAAAGGAAGCUGUAUAAUUCAAUUAUAAAUGUGCUUUCGUAAUUAUCGUAUCAAUAUUUGAUAUAAUUGCAAACUAAAUACUGCAGAAACACAGUGAUUAAAUAAAAAACCCGUGGUUUGCUAUAACGGUGAUUACAGUGUUCUGUUGCAAAGGAAGGAAAAAUGUUAAAGAGUAUGUUGUGCUAUUACAUAAAUAAAAAGGCAUUCUUUUAAUAAAA